GGCAUGUUAUCAGCUCUGGCUGGAGGCAAACGUUUGGCAAUUUUGGACUGGAAUGACAAGAAGAUGUUCCAGCUUCUAAUUCCCCUGCUUUUGGCACUCAAGGGGCAUGCCCAGGACGAUCCAGAAAACGUUCAAUGUGGCUACAGGCCUGCUUUUCCAAACUCAUCAUGGUUACCAUUUCAUGAACGGCUUCAAGUCCAGAAUGGUGAGUUCCCGUGGCAAGUGAGUAUCCAGAUGUCACGGAAACACCUCUGUGGAGGCUCAAUCAUACAUCGGUGGUGGGUUCUGACAGCCGCACAUUGCUUCCCAAGAACCCUGUUAGACACGGCCGUGGUAAAUGUCACUGUGGUCAUGGGAACGAGAACAUUCAGCAACAUCCACUCAGAGAGAAAGCAAGUGCAGAAGGAGGAGGAGAGGACCUGGGACCGGUGUUGGAUGGCAGAGUGGGUAAUGACCAAUGGGUAUGACCAAUAUGAUGACUUAAACAUGCACCUGGAAAAGCUGAGAGUGGUGCAGAUUAGCCGCAAAGAAUGCGCCAAGAGGGUAAACCAGCUGUCCAGGAACAUGAUUUGUGCUUGGAAGGAACCAGGCACCAAUGGUAUCUGCAAGGGAGACAGUGGCACACCUCUGGUUUGUGCUAUUUAUGGAACCCAGAGACUCUUCCAAGAGGAGACAGAAAAGGAGGGGAAAGCCUACACCGUAAUCUCAGGAUCCACGAGAAGCUCACUGCAUCUGUGGAGCAUCUGCUGUGGGGUAGCAUCUACACUGGCCCCCAGAAGUUAGACAUGGACUCAAUUCUCCCAAAUCUCACGGUCUAAUGAAGGAAUGUUAAACACAAUGCUAAGAAGAGGCACGAGCAGUGCAUGGGGAAUCCCAGAGGAAGACAAUAACCUUCAACAAAGAAGGAUGGUUUCAGGAAAGCAUUGGAAACUCAACCUUGGGAAAUCACUUAUGUUUCUUGAUCUCAGUUUCCUUAUCCAUGAAAAAGGAGAUUCCAUUAGAUGAAAUGUAAGGUCUUUCAUCACGCCAACAUUCUGUAAUGCUUAAUAACUUACUUCUCUCAUGGAACGCAAUAUUACCUCGUCAUUGCCCCACUCUAAUUCUGUCAGUUCAGUGCAUGAUAUAGACGCACACACAGGGAGCCCCCAUCUGAGGUGCAAAUGCAUUCAUCUCCUGGGCCAUCCAUGAAAGAAAGUCUCUGGUAGAGUUAGGAUCAGGGUUUUUUUGUCCAGUUUGAACUUGAACAUGGGGAGAUUAUGGCUUGCUACUUACAGACCACACCAUUCUUUCUUUCUCCUUAAUAAUCCAAAUAAAAUGUUAGGAUAAUGAGGUGGAUUGGAGGAAGUGGCAACAUCUGCCCUCUCCACAUAUGUGGGUCACUGAGUGAGGCCCACUGCCAGUCGCCAAAGUCAUCAUCCAGCCAGUGAGAAAGGAUAAAAAUUCCAGAUGAGAAAGCAAGCACAUCUUUUCACUGAGUGGAAACAAAAUUGCUUGUGUGGCCAGACUGAAAUACAAAUGAUAAGAAUUUGUUUUUAGAAAACUAAGAGACCAUGUUUAUUUAAAGAUCGGUGCCAUGAAGGACAGUCAGGGACUAGUGGUAGUUUUCUGGGCAGUCCUUUCUUGGUUAUGUCUACCUGGCAUAGCUACAAAGGAGACAAUCAUAUGUGGCCCCAUAAAAGAGAAAGACAUUCAUCUGCUCAUUCAUUCAUUCAUUCAUUCAUUCAGAUACUUUGU